UUGUACCUUGUAUCCAUUUGCUGACAAACAAACCUGUGAGGGCAGACUAAUCCUAGUUUGCAAUAGUUUCAUGGCGGCGUGGAUAAGCGGGAAACUCAAAAUUAAAGAGGGGUCACAGCCAAAAUAUCUGACAAAAAGGGCUACUGUCGAAUCUUCCGCAACUAUUAUGCCAAGAAUAAACUUUAAGGUUUAACUAUAUAAUAGCAUUGCAAAACCCUGUAUGUAUGCAGGGUCUUAAAAAAACCAUGUAAUAACAAAGCAACAAGGCGUAGGAGCAUAGGAACUGUGAAAUAGAAAGUCGUUGUUGAACAUCCAGAAUGGACCGAGCGGACUUCACGAGACUAAGGUUCUCCUCCUCUGUCAAGUGGAUAUUAACAACACCGAGCACACGUCCUCUUCCCAGUUGUGUAGGCUAUCUUUUGCACAGGGCAACGUUCUAGUUUCCACACACUUAUUGCUCAAGGCUAUCUUUUGCGCAGGGCAACAUUCUAGUUUCCACACACUUACUGCUCAAGGAAUAAUACCUACAUAAAACAUUUGUAUAAGGAUUGACUGGAAUUUUGUUCAAGAUGGUUGAGCUUUUAUUUGAGGAUAUCUUUACUAUAACGAGGAUUGACCCAGAUGGCAAAAAAUUUGACAAAGUCUCACGAAUUGAAGCCCAUAGCGAGCAAUUUGACAUGCACAUGCUUCUUGAUGUGAAUAUUGAUGUAUAUCCUGUUUCCGUUGGAGAGAAGUUUACUGUUGCAUUGGCACCGACAUUGAGUCUGGAUGGUACUCCAGACACUGGUUAUUUUACUGGUGGGCGAAAAUCACUAGCUGACAAAUAUGAAUAUGUCAUGUAUGGAAAACUCUACAAGAUCUCCGAGGAGGGUUCUGGAGCCAACGUCAAAGUGGAGAUCUAUGCGUCAUAUGGAGGUCUUCUGAUGCUGUUGAAGGGCGAUCCUUCAAAUGCUACCAAGUUUGAGCUGGACCAAAGAUUGUUUCUUUUGAUGAGGAAGGUUUGACAUGAUGGACAACUAUUGAAGUACAGCUUUUUGAUAGACACAGGAAAUGUUUAUAUACAUAGAUCAAAAGGAAUCCAUGAAGGUGAAUCAUGUGGCGAACAUAUGUAAUGGUAUCUGACUUUGUGUGGAUGUUUGUUUGUGUCCAGGAGAAACUACAAAUCCUCCCUUUUUUAAUUUGUGUUCCAGGCUGGUAUUAGAAUGUUUAAAAUUAACAUGUAGUCUUUUUUUUCACAUGCAACUGGUUACGAUAUGCUGCAAUUUGAGUUUCUACUUCUAAGAGUUGGACACAAGCCUGUGUACAUAUGGACAAUUAGAAAUACUUAUGCACAGGAGCACUUUUUAUCUAUAGAAAGUUUCAUUAGUCAAUUUAAUCAACUAAGAGAUGCAACAAACAGGGACUAAUCAGAGAGCCCAACUGCAUAUAUUUAUAUAUGCAGAAUUAAGGAGAUAUUUGUUCAAACUAUUUUAAUUUUGAUUCAAUGCGUGAAGAAUUUGGUCUAAAAUCUACUUAAAACAA